AUGUCCUCCAUGCGCAACGCCGUCCAAAGACGGCAACACCGCGAACGAGGCCAGCUCGAAGGCCGCGAAAAAUGGGGUAUCCUCGAAAAGCACAAAGACUACUCCCUCCGCGCCAAAGACUACAACGCCAAAAAGGCCAAGAUCAAGCGCCUCCAGGAACUCGCCGCCAGCCGCAACCCGGAUGAAUUCGCCUUCGGCAUGAUGUCCGCGCACUCGCAGACAAAAGGCAAGCACGGCUCUGCGGCGCGCGACUCGGCUGCGAAGCGGGGGCUGAGCCACGAUGCGAUCAAGUUGCUCAAGACGCAGGAUGCGGCGUACCUGCGGACGACGGGGGAGCGGCUACGACGGGAGAUCGAGAAGGUGGAGCAGGAGGUGAGGUUACAGGAGGGGAUCCAGGAGGCUCUUGGGGAGAAGAAAGAUGAGAGCGAGGAGGAGGAGGAGGACAUGGAGGAAGACGAUGAUGACUUUGAUUUUGAUUUCGGGCCGAAAGAGAAGCGCGGGCAAAAGAGGGCGAGGAAGUUGGUCUUUGCGGAUGAUCGGCGGGAGCAGCGGACGUUGAAGAAACGGCGACUCCAAGAAGAUCAAGAGGAUGAGGAUGAGGACGAAGAACAGUCGUUUGGUGAAUUGCAGAAGAAGCAGCAGCAGCAGCAGAAAAAGACGCAGAAACAGCUCGAGGCGGAGAGGCAGGCUCUCGUCGAGGCUCGUCGAGUCCGCAAGAUGAAGAAGAGAGCUGCCGAGGCUCGUGAGAACAAGCUCAAGGCGCUGCGGAAGCAGUAUGCCGAUAUCACUGCCGCCGAGCGCGAGCUGGACUGGCAGCGAGGGCGGAUGGAUAAUUCGGUUGGGGGGACGAACAAGGAUGGCAUCAAGUGGAAGAUCCGCGAGCGCAAGAAGUGA